CUGCUUGUCAGUUCGCCGACCUUCUCCCACUCCACCCAGCAUCGUGAAACACAGCGAAAAAACCCUUCACAAGCCGCUCAUGACGUCUCUAGCAAACCCGCAAGCAGCAAGGCGCAAACGCCCACCGCUACGGAUUAAAACCCACCAUAAACCUCUUGUGUAUCGCGAAGAAGCCUACAUUGGACCACGCAAAUCAGACGGCGAUCUCAAUCACAACAAUGUCACCCGCGCACAACGACCACGACACCUCCCAGCGCUACUACUCGCGCUAUUCCUACCGCCGUCGCGCAAGCCCGUCUGCUCACUCUCCGCCUCCACCACCGUACCACAGCUUCCUCCGCAGCCCAUCUCCAGACUCCUCACUGACUGCCCUCGUCCCUCCUUUCCAUCCUACAGGUACUUUUAAACCGCGCAGGAAGGACCCUGCACCAAUUCCAACCCCUCCACUUCCUUAUUAUCAUCCUGGGACGCCUUCUUCACUGUUUAGACAUGCGGAUGAGUUGACGGACCUCUCAUUCUCAACGUCCUACCCUUCCUUACUGCAGCCGCGUAGCCGUAGGCGCACCCGGGCUCAAGGCCAGAACGCAACUGAUUCAUAUGCUGGCAUCGGAUCGAAAGGGAGGUCCGAGCUUUAUGAAAGCUGGGAAGAGUACUUAUUUAGCAGGCGGAAAGCGGAAGAGGAGCGAGUAAAGCUUGAGAAGGAUGAAAGAGUUGCUGCCGCAGCGAGGACUACGCUGGAGCGGAAGCAGGAGGAGGAGGGAUUGAAGAACUUGGGAACGAAGAGGCACGGGGCGAGGGAGUCGGAGAUGGAAGUGUACCUACGCGGUUUCAGGACGAGGGCCUUUGAGGCGGAGGUGAGGAAGAGGAGGGAGGAGAGGGAGGCGAGGGUGAGAAAUGAGGAGGAGAAGAGGCUGAGGGAGGAAGUUGGGAAGCGAUUGAGGGAGGAGAUGCGGGAGAAGAAGGUUAGGGAGGGAGCGGAGAAGAGAUGGAAGCGAGAAGUUCGCGAGAGGCAGAUGCGGGAAGAACUGGAGCGGAAGGACAGGGAGGAGAUUCAGGAAAGGGCAGAGAGGGAGAAGAUCUGGGAGGCAGGAGGUAGGAUAGAUGUGCGGGAAGAGGGAGGACGUCGGACAUUGAAGGAGAUGAAGAGGUACGGUCGAUAUUUCUACAAGGGCAGUAACGGCGAGCUUCUAGAAUAUGUAUGGAAGGAACGGCGGUGAGUCGUCGUAUGGUCCUCUAGACGGACACUUGGUUCACGUUCGCGAGUGUAGGAGGUGUAAGUUGUAGCAAAUGAUAGUAGUGAGACCUAUCAUGUUGAAUUGCCUCAGUUACGGAAUGUACUGUUCCAUUUACACAAAGAGACUGAGUGAUAUUCCCAUUUUGAUUUA